AUGGCUGCACCAUCCACCAAACCCACCCCUCAGACCCCCAAGUCGGUCGCCUCCCCAACUCCGACUAACAACCACUCGGCUCGACUGGAGAAGACUCACCCUGGUGUUCGUCGGUCAACUCCGGACUCGGAAGCUCUAGCUUCUUCAGACGACGACGGAGAUCAUCUCCAGAACAUCAUUGCGUCUACGACAGCACAACCAGCCAAGCCCGCUCGACGUACCUCCUGGCUCAACGAGGUUCCUGCUCUCGCCCCUCGCAAAGCCUCCCUCACUGGCCUUCCGUUGUCUUCAGGUGCCUCCAACCCUAGCAGUCCGGCUACCGAACAAGCGGGAUGGCCGGCCAGCACGAGUCCUGGAAUCGGCAGCUCCAUGGGUUGGAAUAAUGCUGGGAGCAGUCCUUUUUCCUGGGGUACUGGUAUCUGGAACACUGAGUCUCGAAAAGAGCCACCACCGCGUCUUUCCGAGAUAAUCCCUUCUCCGACCAUGUCUAACCCGUCCACCGCAAGCAACUACUUCACGGAGGAACUGCUGAGUCCUACAACUCGGACGACCACGGGAGAGUCUGCCAUUCCAUUCUCCAUUCCUCUGCAUCCCACUCCCAAGACCUACCGCUCCCAGUCUUACUCUGUGGGUCAACUAGACCCGGAAUUUCUGGGUUUCAUGGCGAACAAGUCUGCAUCCCCCUACUCUGGUGGUCGCGCCCGGAACGGCGGCCAAUAUACUUCGCUCCAGCACCGUUCGUCCCGUCCGAGCCUCCUUGGUGAGCUCGGACACGAUCCUGCCACUCUUGGGCGUGUGUGCGAAGAUGACGGCGACGACGAGGCCGGAAGCCCGGACGGCUCGGACGGUAGUCUCAGCAACCACGCUGCCAACCAGGCGCGCACCAUCGAACAACUUGCGAGGGAGAACGCGCUCCUGCGCCAAGCAGCUGGUCAGAUCGACAAUACGCUCAAAGACCGUGCUAUGUCCACAGCGUCCGCAGCCAGCGGGUAUGCGAUCGGAAGUGGACUGCAUAAUUUGCAUCGUAUUCGCGGCAGUGUCCCGGAAGAGACAGAUCUUGCGGUGGAGGACUUAGACGAACUUGGGGGCAUUCCUGGCUACAGCAGUUUCCACCACGGUGGUCCUCGGCGCAGGCUCUCCGAGCAUUCGGUAAACUUGGAGAAGCAGUUCCCCACCUACGAAAACCGUGUUUUGGAGAACGUCCGCAAGGCUCAUUGGCAAACCUCCCUCGGAUUUGGCAGCGUUUCCGAUAUCCCUCAGAGUCGACGUCACUCAUUCGCGGAUAUUCCUAUUCGACAUGCCUCCAUCUCAGGCGAGCCACAGGCAGCGCCCAGCACGAGGUCGGGACUAGGAGAUCGAGAGGAGGACUUUGACGGCCCACUUUCUGCUAUUCAUGGCCAGAAUCGUGAGUAUCCACAUUUUCAUGCGGCCCCUCGUCCCGAGGAGCAUGAAAUGGAGACAGAGUAUUUACGAGCUCGUCGAUUUGCAGAAUCCUAUUUUGCUCGCGACCAGGCUCUCCGCAGUGCCGACGGUCCUUCCAUGACUUCCCUUCACCAAGCAUACACAAUGCCCAAUGCUUACGGUCGCCACCAGCCGGGUCUUGCGCAUCAGAACCAGCUUUUGUAUAUCGUCACCUUCAAGUGCCAUCGUGCGGAUGUCUUCUAUAUCCAGGAGGACACCGGACUUCAAGUGAAACCGGGCGAUCUCGUCAUUGUCGAGGCUGAUCGGGGUACGGACCUUGGAACCAUUCAACAUGCCAAUGUGUCGAUGCAAAAGGCCCGAGAACUCAAGCAACAGUAUGCCGAGGAGCAUUACAAGUGGUUGAUGAUGUUCUCCCGGCAGGGCCAGAACGGAGCAGCAAAUGUGGUCAACACUCCUGGAAGCGUGCCCGGCCUCAGCAACCGAAGCGCCAUCGGUGGCAUGGGACCUCAUGGUCCACACGGACUUCAAGACUCGACGGCGGACAUCAAACCUAAGCUAAUCAAAAGACUGGCUCAAAACCACGAGAUCCUGGCGCUGCGUGACAAGGAAGGAAAUGAAGCCAAGGCCAAGCGUGUCUGCCAACAGAAGGUUGCAGAGCAUCGGCUUAAUAUGGAGAUUCUGGAUGCUGAAUUCCAGAUGGAUUGGAAAAAGCUUACCUUCUAUUACUUCGCCGACUCCUAUAUCAACUUCAACUCUCUGGUGACUGAUCUCUUCAAGAUCUAUAAAACCCGAAUCUGGAUGUCGGCCAUCAAUCCCGCCUCUUUUGUGACACCUCCGAGUGCAGGCCUCCAGGCACCAAAUCCUUUGGCGUACAGUCAUGACGCUCCAGCGGAUCGCUCGCACCAGCAUGAUGGUAGAAUGUAUGGCUCUGCUCGGGAUGGCCUCGACGCCGGGCGAGAGGGCCAACUAGGCAUGCUACGCGGCGCGUACUCGGAGCCUUAUCAAGGCUUCAGCCAAUCUUCUCGAGCACCGGAGUCUGGUCUUGGGGGCCUUUCUUCUCCGGACCCCUUUUCUCCCUACUCAUCCAGUGGGUAUACUCCCUUGGAUUCGGGCUAUGUCGACUACGCGGCCGGUUCUGGCGCAGGUGCUGGUUCCUCCCGUCUGCACCCUCAAAAUGAGUGGAUGAGCCGCUUCCAGGGGUUGUCGCUCAACUCUUGA